CUGCCCCUGCGGCGGCGGCGGGCGGCCCGGGCGCCGCUCCUCCUGCCUGCCUGCCCGCCCGCCCGCCCGGCGGCCCGGUGGCACUAGCGGGGCGGGGAGGAUGAGCACGGCGGGACCGGGCGUCAGCAGCAGCAGCAGCAGCAGCAGCACAGGCGGGAGCAGCGCAAGCAGCAGCUGCCGCCGCUGCGGCGGGGCCGCUCACUGAGGCGAGGAGCACCGCGGCGGAGGCAGGGCAUGGCGCUGCCGGGUGAGCGCGGCGCCGAGCCCCAGCCCGGCGCCUCCCGCCCCACCGACGAGGAGGAGGAGGGCGGCGGCGGCGGCGGGCAGCCGGAGGCGCUGUCGCUGGAGGAGAUCCUCAGGCUGUACAACCAGCCCAUCAACGAGGAGCAGGCGUGGGCCGUGUGCUACCAGUGCUGCGGCUCGCUGCGGGCCCGCGCCCGCCGCGGCGAGACCCCCGCCGCCAGGCCGGGGGCGGCCGCCCACCUCCGCGUCUGGCGGGACGGCGCCGUCACCCUGGAGCAGGGCGAGCCCCAGCGCCCGCCGCCCGCCGCAGAUAAAUCGAGCCGUUUACACUGCACAGAAAUGGAGGUUAUUGAAUCACUGGGGAUUAUUAUAUAUAAAGCCCUGGACUAUGGUUUGAAGGACAAUGAAGAGCGGGAAUUAAGUCCUCCUCUGGAGCAGCUUAUUGACCACAUGACUAAUACCACAGAAACAGAUGGGGGUAGGGAUGAAGGAUAUGAUGCUCUGGAUGAAGGAGUGGAGGAUGACAAUGAUGAUGACAAACAGGAAGUUGAGGCCAUUCAUUCCUAUAAAGAUGUAAUGAAGCUGUGUGCUGCCCACCUGCCAACCCGAUCAGAGGCACCGAACCAUUAUCAAGCAGUAUGUCGGGCUCUGUUUGCUGAAACAAUGGAACUGUACACUUUUUUGGCCAAAAUUAAAAGUGCAAAAGAGAAUCUGAAGAAGAUUCAAGAAAUGGACAAAGAGGCAAGUGAUGAAUCCAGCACAGAUCUUGAUGACUUAAAAAAUGCUGACUGGGCUCGUUUUUGGGUACAAGUGAUGCGAGAUUUACGUAAUGGUGUUAAACUUAAGAAAGUUCAAGAGCGUCAGUACAACCCACUCCCAAUAGAAUAUCAGCUCACACCCUAUGAAAUGCUGAUGGAUGAUAUUAGAUCCAAACGCUAUACCUUAAGGAAGGUCAUGGUCAACGGUGACAUUCCACCACGAUUAAAAAAGAGUGCCCAUGAAAUAAUCCUGGAUUUCAUCCGAUCGCGACCUCCAUUAAAUCCUGCGUCGGCAAGAAAACUGAAACCAACCCCACCACGGCCACGCAGCCUUCAUGAAAGAAUACUGGAGGAAAUCAAGGCAGAGAGAAAGUUACGUCCAGUCUCACCCGAUGAGAUAAGGCGUAGCAGGCUGGCAAUGCGGCCUCUUAGCAUGUCUUACAGUUUUGACUUGUCAGAUGUAUCUACGCCGGAGGCCGGAAGGAAAUUAGUGGAUGCCUCUGUAGUGAACGGUGGCCUGGCACCACAAGGAAAGCAGAAUGGGGCCACACAAGUGACAAUACAACGCAAGAGACUCCUUAAGGCUCCCACAUUGGCUGAACUUGACAGCUCAGAUUCGGAGGAGGAAUCAGUGCACAGAUCAGCAAGUAGCAGCAGCAUCUCUCCCUCACAAGUGGAAGACACCUCUCAAGAAGGUACCAGCAGCAGAAAGAUGCCUCCAAAAUUCUUGCCCAUAUCAUCUACACCACAGCCGGAGAGACGGCAGCCACCUCAGAGACGACACUCCAUUGAAAAGGAAACGCCAACCAAUGUGAGACAGUUCCUACCACCUUCAAAACAGAGCUCCAGAUCACUUGAGGAGUUCUGUUACCCGGUGGAAUGUCUGGCCCUGACGGUGGAGGAGGUCAUGCACAUCCGUCAGGUGCUGGUGAAGGCAGAACUGGAAAAGUACCAGCAAUAUAAAGAUGUCUACACUGCUCUCAAGAAAGGAAAGCUCUGCUUUUGCUGCCGAACAAGAAGGUUUUCUUUCUUUACCUGGUCUUACACUUGUCAGUUCUGUAAGAGGCCUGUAUGCUCACAGUGUUGCAAAAAAGUAAAUGCGGUUGCCAUCAAAGCCAUAUUCAACUCUCCCCAUCUUCUCACUGGGACCUUCAACCUUGCAAAGAGGAGAAAGCUUUAUGAGGCCCGAGAAACCCUCUACCAGUCACCACCAUUCACUGCGGAGCAUGGCCAGGUUGACCUCAAGGUCCAAAUCUGUGGAUAAGUCACAUGAAGAGUUUCCCAAAGAAUUGAUGGAGGACUGGAGCACGAUGGAGGUUUGUGUGGACUGCAAGAAGUUUAUUUCAGAAAUCAUCAACUCAAGCCGGCGCAGCCUAUCUCUGGCGAACAAGCGAGCCAGGUUAAAAAGAAAAACGCAGUCCUUCUACAUGUCGUCGCCAGGAUCCUCUGAAUACUGCCCCUCUGAAAGGACUAUCAAUGAGAUCUGAGCCUUGUGCCUUUUUCUUUGCUUUUGUCUUCAUGAGGUCAUCAUCCAUGAGCAAGGUCACUGAAACUGGAUUAUCAUUCCGUUGCUUCGUUUCACUUGACUGGCUUGAAUUUGCAUGGGAUCACAGGAUUUCCUACUCUGAUGGAUCCUGGAGACACAGAACUCUAUGUUUAGAUCUGUGCAGAAUGAUACGCAACGGGUCAGCUGCUCGCACUGGAAGAAAAUCAAUAGUUUGAGAUUGUUGCCUCUUUUGUAUGUGUGCGUUGAAACUAGAAAGCCUUUUCUUGCUUUCAGUCUUUUUUUAACCAUGCUUUGAAUCAUUUUUCAGGAGAUGAGCUGAAAAUUAUGUUUAACGGAGAAUCAAAUCUGUCAAAGUGUCAGUGUUAGCACAGUAGCAAACAGGAAGUCAUAUUGGCUUUGCCACCCCAAGUAAUGCUCAUGUCCUUGUUGAAACAGCAAAGGGUCGUGUCCCACACCAGGGACCACACUGAGCGUGAGUGACCGUGGUCGAAACCAUCUGUCUUUGAACUCUUUCAGUUGCUCUGAGAUCAGGGUUCAGCACGGGACUUUGCAAUGUCUGUGUCCUAGGGCAAAAUAUAUGACGAAGCUCUUCGCGCAUGUGGUUGGCCAUUCCCCCGAGCUGCUGUACUUUUUAAGCCUUAGUGUUCUUCUAAGUGUCUCCUGAGCAGGUUGUAGUAGUUUACUUUCUAUCUUGAAUGUAUGAUUGAUGAUGACUACUUGUAGCAGUGAAUUUUAGUAGUAGAUAGAGUUGUACAGUUUAUGGGGAGGAUGGGAAAUAAGGGAGGCUUCUAAUUUUAACUGAAUACCUGUAAAGUUGUUCUUGUUACUCAGAGAAAAUAGUGGGCAAGGUGUACAUUUGUAUUAUAACGGAGCACACAAAUACUGCUAUAGUUAUGUCUGACAGCAUAUCCACUGAUAACCCCAUUUUUUCUGGGGUUUAUAACUUGGCUGUAAAGAUUCAUGUUCUGCUGAAAUUUGGGACAGUGCUGUCUCA